AUGGAUGUAUCAGGCCUCAUUGCCUCGCAUGCUGCGAAAUUCCAGUCAGUGACUGUCGAAAAGGAUACACCUCCAGAGGUCGAUGUUGGUUUCCUGAUAGUGACCGACCUCAACCCCAUUGACGAGGAAUCCUACGGUGCCGACUUGGAGUCGCAUCUUCAGAAGCUUGCUCGCGAUGGCACCCAGGCUCUCAUUUCCAAACUUUUCUCAUUGCCCACAACACCUUCCCCUGACGGCCCAGUAGCCCAACUUCCCCCUCCGACAACCCAAAUACCACGAUCGAAACCUUUACCUAAACCGAAACCACCCACUAAGUGGGAACGAUUUGCUGCUGCGAAGGGGAUCCAGAAGAAGGUUCGCGAGAAAAAGAUAUGGGACGAGGAGAAGCAGGAGUGGGUGAACAGAUGGGGCAAGGACGGAAAGAAUAAGGAGAAGGAGGAGCAGUGGAUUACGGAGGUUCCUCUUAAUGCUGACGUCAACUUCGAUCCUGUCAAAGUGGCUCGUGAUGCACGGAAGGAAAGAGUUGCAAAGAACGAGAAACAACAACUGCAAAACAUCAAAAGGGCGCAGGGUACCUCGUCAAAUACGCUGGAAGAGCGCAAAAAGCAGAUCGAGAGGACUGUGGCCACCACGCGGAUCAGCACUGCUAGCAUGGGGCGGUUUGAUAAACGGCUGGAAGGCGAGAAGAAGUUGAAAGGCGUCAAACGGAAGUUUGACCCAGCAGAAGCGCCUGCAGAUGCUGAGCGAAAUGCUUCUCUUGCACUUCUGAACAAAAUGGAAAGCGACGCCAAAAAGACUCGGCGAGAACCAGAUGCACAGGACAGCGUCCUCAACGUCCGUAAAGCCGUUCGCUUCGCCAGCAAAGGCCGGGGUGCUCUCGCGCUCGCAAAAGACUCGCGUUCAAAAAGCAGAAACGCGAAAGGUUCAAGAAAAAGUAGAUAG